AUGGGUCCAACCAUCUAUACAUACAACCUCGGCCCUACACCAGUUGAAGUCGACCGUCUCGAAUUUCAACACCGUGCCGUGUUCAAACCGCUGACAGAUGGCCUUCUCCCAACGAACAUUCGUCAAUACCUGGCAUCCCUCGGGCGAGCUCCAGCCGUCGCCGACAUAGCUACCGGCACCGGCGUCUGGCUCAGCGAUAUCGCCACCGAGUUGCCGCCGGAUGCCCGACUCGACGGCUACGACGUGGAGCCGGCAAAAUUCCCACCAGCAUCCCAGUUGCCCCCCAAUGUCAAGCUUUUUCCCUGUGACGCAUUGCUACCCUUUGCAGAGCACCUCCACGGGCAGUAUGACCUAGUACACGUUCGCCUCCUCAUCACGGCGCUCAACGCCGAGCAGUGGCCCAUCGUCGCGGCGAAUAUGCGCUCUCUCUUACGCCCGGGGGGUUAUUUGCUCUGGGCCGAGUCGGGCUACCCGAGCAUAUCGUGCCUGCCCAUGACAGAGCACUUCCAGAAGCUCAUCAACGUCGAGGUGCGGUACGCUGCGGCGAUAGGCAGGGAUAUAACAGCUCCUGCAAAUCUUUUCCAACAUGUCAAAAGCCAGGGCUAUACGGAUUGUUACCAGAUGAGCUUUAGCACGUAUGGCAAAGGAAAGGUGAUUCAAGACUUGGCCGGGCGAACUAUGCUCUCGACUCUUCGUCAGGGGCUACUCGGCAUGGUGCUUCAGGGAGGCUUCGACUGGGUCAAGUCGACUCGGGAUGUGGAGGACAUCAUGGUCCUUGUGCAUCGUGAUUUGGAAAAUGGUGUUUGUGCAGUCGGCUUCGAGGUCCACUGCAUUAUUGGCAGACAGCCCUCGUAA